AUGUCGCAAAUUAAGGUGUCCUAUCUUCCGCAUCAGACUGACCUAGCCGAUGGAGCACUCUGUGAUCUUCAGCCACUCCAAAAGGAGCUUGACCUCUACACCCGACACCGCCGGAUCACCCAGCAAUCGACACACAAUCCACGACAAGCGACAUUAAUUGGCAAGCCGAAGUUUCUGCGCCGAGCAAUCAGGUUAUCGCAAGAGCUCACCCGCCAUGGCCCUAAUCACGGCGCAUGCUCCUUCAUGCCCUUCUGCUGGACACUCGGCAUUGAAGCAUCCGUACCCACGGCCAUGAGUUCAGGCAGCCUCUCAGGAUGCCCUCAAUGGGUCCUGGAUUACAUUGCCUUCCAUAAGGCCACCCGCCUUGAACCCAGUGCCAAGUAUGUCUUGCAUACCUGCUACGGCGGCAUAUGCGGCGGUGUGGGCGACAGGCUACGCGGUGUGCUGUGGUCGGCACGCCUGGCCGCCGCAACCCGCCGUGUCCUCCUCGUCUCCUGGCGCCGACCCUUGGAUCUGACCCACUUCUUUCAGCCCGCCGCCAUUGACUGGACUUUAGAAGCCAUUCCCCAGUCCGCGUUGGGCUCCUCCGUGCAGCAGCCGGAUGCGGUGGUGUGGCAGCUGGAACACAAUACCAUGGAAGACGCCGCGGUGGGGCCGGGCGCGCCGGACAUGCCGCUUUGGAGCGAUGCCGCAGCAUGCAUGUUCCAGGCGCUCUUCCAAUUCACGGACCUUGUGAAGGGCGCUAUCGAUGAAGAGCUGAUCAAGUUGUACGGCAGCUCGCAGGUGCAGUACAGUGCGACCCACUUGCGCGUCGGUGGCCUUGUCGGCGAGGGCGAGGCCUCUAUCGGCCUGAGCCGCUUCAGCAAGCUCAACUACUUUUUGCGGAGCUUGGAUUGUUUGAAGAACAUAAGUGGUUCGAGUGACGCGGCUGGGUGGGUGGCGAGCAGCGCCCCCUCGUGGCCCGCGCGGCUGGUGGUCGCUGACAGCAACUACCUUACCUCCAUGAUCCGGGAGGGGGUGCUGCCUGGCUUGGUAGUGCCCUCGUUCGCGGCAGCACACCUGGACACGGUGAAUAUGGCCGAUGUCAAGCUGCACGCCACCACCUUCAUAUCGCUGGGCCUGCUGUCCCGCGCGCACUGCGCCGUCUACACGGACUCGGGCUUCAGCCGUGUGGCGUUCUACCUGGGUCGCCAAUCUUGUGUCGCCAUCAUGCCCCGCCACGAGAGCUCUCUCAGCGUCCUGCGGGAUGUCGGGGCCCGGGGGGAGACUCGGGCGCUGGUGUGCGACGCCUCCGAUAUGCCGAAACCAAGGCGCCACAAGCUGUGA